AUGGGAAGAACCAAUGAUUCCGUGUUGAGAGAAUUUGUCCUGACUGGGCUUUCUGCUCACCCAGAGCUCCAGACAGUUUUCUUUGUGUUAGUUCUGUGUAUGUACUUGAUGAUCCUGCUGGGAAAUGGAGUCCUUAUCUCUGUAAUCAUCUGUGAUUCUCAUUUGCACACCCCCAUGUAUUUCUUCCUCUGUAAUCUUUCCUUCCUGGACAUUUGCUAUACAAGCUCCUCUGUCCCAUUAAUUCUUGACAGUUUUCUUACAGUAAGGAAAAGGGUUUCCUUCUCUGGAUGCAUGGUACAAAUGUUUCUCUCUUUUGCCAUGGGAGCCACAGAGUGUAUACUUCUAGGCAUGAUGGCACUUGACCGCUAUGUGGCCAUCUGCUACCCACUGAGAUACCCUGUCACCAUGAGAAAAAGUGCUUAUGUGUCCAUGGCAGCUGGAUCCUGGGCUGCAGGUAUUGUUGACUCAGUGGUGCAGACAUCUCUUGCAAUGCAAUUACCAUUCUGUGCUGACAAUGUAAUUAACCAUUUCGUUUGUGAAAUUCUGGCUAUCCUAAAAUUGGCCUGUGCUGAUAUUUCAAUUAAUGUGAUCAGCAUGGCAGGGUCAAAUCUGAUUGUUCUAGUUAUUCCAUUGCUAGUAAUUUCUAUCUCUUACAUUUUCAUUGUUGCCACUAUUCUAAGAAUUCCUUCCACUGAAGGAAAACGUAAGGCCUUCUCCACCUGCUCAGCCCAUCUUACAGUGGUGAUUGUAUUCUUUGUAACAAUCUUCUUCAUGUAUGCUAAGCCCAAAUCUAAAAGCUCCGGUGGUACAGAUAAUCAAGACAUCAUUGAGGCCCUCAUCUCUCUCCUCUAUGGAGUGAUGACCCCCAUGCUCAAUCCUCUCAUCUAUAGUCUGAGGAAUAAGGAUGUAAAGAUUGCUGUGAGGAACAUGCUGGGUAGGAAAAACUUCUCUGAUGGAAUAUGA